AUGGUUAUGAAGAGAAGCUUACCAAAUCUCAAUUGGGUGGAAGGGUUCUCCGUGCGCUUGAGUCAAUUACCACAGCUUCAAGGGGAUGAUGAUCAUGAUCCCAUGUUAAAAUCUUUCAGGUGCCUACUUGAGGAAUAUGGACGACACAUGGCUCGACUAGCUCAUACAUUAUUCGAUGUUCUUAUUACAAACCUCGGCAUGGAUCCAGCGUUGUGUGCACCUUACUUAUCAGAAUCUACAGGGUAUUUGCGAUUAUACCGCUACCCACCUUACCCUGAUCCCGACCAAGUAUCCGGCUUGGAAGCUCAUACCGAUAGCUCAGUUCUCUCUAUACUGAACGAGAAUGUGGUGGGAGGUCUGCAAGUCUUCAAAGAUGAAAGAUGGAUUGAUAUCAAACCAGUCUCCGAUACACUUGUCGUCAACAUGGGCGACAUGAUGCAGGCUAUCAGCAAUGACGAAUAUAAGAGCGUCCUACAUAGAGUGCUUGCAUUAAAAAGGGAGGAAAGGUUCUCAAUAUGUUAUUUUGUGUACCCACCGGGAGAUUUGAUGAUUCAGAGCACAAACUACAGGCCCUUCACUUACAAUAUGUAUAUGGACCAAGUGCGAGAAGACCGAGAGACCAUUGGCGGAAAGGUCGGGCUCCCCCGUUUCAUGCUCUCUGAGCCUCUCAAUUAA